AUGGCGCCAAUCCCGAUAACAAUCCUAACAGGCUUCCUCGGCUCCGGCAAAACAACCCUCCUCCUAAACCUCCUCCCGCAACUCCCCAAAACCUACAAACUCGCCCUCCUAAAAAACGAAUUCGGCGACGUAGCCGUCGACUCCCAACUCGCCUCAACAAACUCAAUUUCCGGCGUCCGCGAACUCCUCAACGGCUGCAUCUGCUGCAACCUCGUCGGCCAACUCAGCGACGCACUAGAGCAACUCCGCACCGAAAUCCAACCCGACCGCAUCGUCAUCGAGACAAGCGGCAGCGCAUUCCCCGCAACCCUCGCGAUGGAGGUCAAUCGGCUUGCGCGCGAAGAAGGGCAUUUCGUGCUCGACGGCGUUAUCAGCGCUAUCGAUGUUGAGAAUUGGGAGGGGUAUGAGGAUACCUCUGUGACGGCGAGGAUCCAGGCACGGUACACGGACUUGAUAGUUUAUAAUAAGUGGGAGGGGAGGGAGGAGAAAUUCGAUGUUGCGAGGGAUCGGGUGGGGGAUUUGGGGGUGGAGACGCCGUGGGUGAAGUCUGAUAAGGGGAGGGUGGAUGCUGAUGUUUUGCUUGGGAUUGAUGGGGCGUUGUUUAGCCAGGCGGAGGGGGAUGUUGUUGGACAUGGACAUGGACAUCAGCAUGAUCAUCAGUCCGAGGUUGAGGUGCUUUCUGUUGUGCUAAAGGGUAGUCAGCUUGGGAAGACGGUUGAUGUUGCGGCGUUGGAGAAGUUUCUUGCUUCUGCGCCGAGGGAGGAGGUGUAUCGCAUCAAGGGGAUCGUUCGGUGCGCGAACGGGGAUUUGCCGGUUGAGAGUUCGGACGAUAUGAAUGCGAGGAAGAACGUUGAGGGGGAUGGGGUCCAGUAUUAUAUCCUUAACUGGGCUUUUGGACGGUGGACUUGUACUCCUUCCGAUGUUGUUGCGGAGGGGGCUGAUCCUGCUGUCAUUGCAAGGAUCACGUUGAUCCUGGCGCAGUAUGAGUCGGCGAAAUGGAAGAAGAAGCUUGAAGCUGGUGGACUGGUCCAGGCCAGCGAGGGAGAGAGUGCAGACUUGAGUGUGGAACGCUUGGUCUAG